AUGAGAUUCAUAUCUAGCAUGAAUUAUUUAGGUAGUAUUUAUUUUUAAAUACAUGGGCUUGUAGCAUAAAAAUUCUAUCAUAAAUAUGGUGAUUAAUUGGUUGAAUAUCCACCAUAUCUAGUAACCUUGUGUAACCAAAGCUGAUUUGUCAGGUAUUAUUGUUACGACGUUGUUGAGGCAGUGCUGUGUGGAUCGGGGCAAAGCCUCAACCAAUAUUACUAGAGAUGCUACUACCUCCUUGUCGCCACGGUGAGAUUGAUAACAUAUAAACGUGUCCCCCAGUUGCCUAUAAAUGUAAAUUUGGAUAUGAAUAUGAAUAUUGGGAAUGAGCAUCGGCGAAAAUGGCAUCAACAGCCCGCAGAGCCCAUCGUAAGAGCAGGGGAGGUUGCACCACAUGUAAAUCCAAGAAGGUGAAAUGCGACGAGGAGCAGCCGUGCUCAUACUGCGUCAAGAGACAGCUUUCGUGCAGCUUGACGCCACCAUCGCUGCCUUCAAUUGGGAGUGGGAGGGACUCAAGAACGCCGGAGAUAAGGGUAGUCCAACCCGACGAGGAGAAGGACUUCUCCUUCACCGACUUUGGCUUGUAUCGCCAUUUCGUCACUUCUACGGCCAUCGCGCAGGCAGACGACAGCGCAUUAAUAGCUCUAUGGCGGGAUGUAGUUGUUGACCUUGCGACGCAAUAUCCGUACCUCCUCCACGAGAUUCUUGCAAUUGCUGCACUGCACCGGCGCUCACUUAUUCCGGAACAAGCUGACCAUCUCGAGCGGGUUGCCACCGAGCACCAAGCCAAAGCCAUCCCACUAUUCCGACAGGCUCUGGCUUCUAUUUCAGCGGAGACAGCUCCCCCUUUGUUUGCUUGCUCGUGUCUGUUUAUACCGUAUCACUUCGCAGCCGCGAAGGACGUCUCGUCGCUUCUCUUCAACAAGGAAGCCGGGACUCUAGCCGAGUGGCUUAUUCUAAUCCAAGGCUGCGCUGCGAUCACGAUGGAGCAAAGCGCCACCCUCAUGCGAUCAUCUCUGCGGGCGCUACUUGGCGAUCUGUAUACGCCUAAGGUUGAGGACCUGAGCAGCGGACCUUCCGACGCAAGACUCGUCAAUUUGGAUUCGAAAUUGCCUAUAAUCCCCGAACAGAGAGAAACGUAUGCGCAAACUCUGGUCAAGCUGCGGGUGUGCUUCUACUUGUCGGAUAAAGCAGACUCGCCGCUAGAUCGGAAGAAUGCGGCCCUUAGAUUCCCACCCAUUAUGAGCCAGCAUUUUCGAGCAGACCUUGCUGCUAAACACCCGGCAGCCAUGAUCAUAAUGGCAUAUUGGUGUGUCUUGUUACAUCGUGUCGAGGAUAGAUGGUGGCUUCGGGAAAGAGUCAAGCCGUUGCUGCUUGAGAUUGAGGAAUUGGUACCGAAACAGUAUAGAGUCCUUACAGAGUGGCCCUUAGGAGAAGUUGGCGUAUACCCGAAGCCUGACAUGUAUUAUUAGGUAGUCUGCACAGAGUUGGAUUUGACUUUGGAAGAAAAGGAAAAUGAUUUACAAGUCUACGUAGUAAUGCAAAUAACGAAUUUCUCUAUGAAGAAA